AAGUGUAAGAAAGAAAGGUAAAACAGAAACUGUGUUGUUUAUGACAUUGAUAAUCAUAGUAAUAAUCAAAGUUUGCUCCUUUACACACGUGUGAACUCAAAGUCUGAGCCUUUAGUUUUCAAUUACACCAAAUUCAACAACUUUCUUUCUCCUCUCUUAUCUCUCUCUUUCUGGUUCUAAUGGCUAUGUCAAACUUUGAAUAACCCUUUCAUCCUUCCAUGGCUACCCUUCUUAAAAAAGUAUGGGAUUCAGUCUCAAAACGCUCCUCUUCCAAUUCCAAACCAGACUCAUCAUCAUCCAUGGCUACCCAUCUGUCUCCCCCUUCUCAUCAUCAUCAUCAUCAUCAUCAUCUCUCUCCUUCUUUUCUGGAAAUACCUUCUGAUGUUUUGCUACAAAUCCUCAAACUUUUGGGACCCAAAGAAGUUGCAAAGAUGAGUGUGGUUUGUAAGUACUUAAAGUCUUUAGCUUUAGAUGAAAAGCUUUGGGUUUUCUUUUUACAGAAUCAGAAUGCUUCUCUUCCUCACUCUUGGGAUUCUCUUGUUUUUGCUGAAACAUAUUUGAGAUCUGCUUAUCCUCUUCAAACACUCACUACUCAACCUACUCAAUUGUGUUUUAUGAGAAUUUAUGGUCAACGUGUGCAAGUUCCUGGCUCAAUUAUCAUUGAUGGUGGUUCUGGUUAUUGCAAAUAUGGUUGGAGCAAGUAUGCUGCUCCAUCUGUGCGCUCUGCUACUUUCUUGGAAUUUGGUAACAUUGAAUCUCCAAUGUAUUCAAGACUUAGGCAGUUCUUUUCCACUAUUUAUGGAAGAAUGCAGGUAAGAGCAGCAUCACAGCCUGUGGUUGUGUCUAUACCAAUCUUGCAUUAUGAUGAUACCGAAUCUGCAAAAGCAUCAAGACGACAACUCAAGGAAGCCAUCUAUACAACACUCUUUGACAUGAAUGUUCCUGCUGUUUGUGCAAUUAAUCAGGCAACUUUAGCUUUGUAUGCUGCUAGAAGAACUUCAGGAAUUGUUGUAAAUAUCGGGUUUCAAGUCACAUCGGUUGUUCCCAUUUUACAUGGUAAAGUAAUGCGCAAAGUUGGUGUGGAGGUUGUUGGAUUGGGAGCUCUAAAACUUACCGGGUUUCUUAAGGAGUUGAUGCAGCAGAACAAUAUUAGUUUCGAAUCGUUGUACACCGUUCGCACUUUGAAAGAGAAUCUCUGUUAUGUUGCUUAUGAUUAUGAAGCUGAGCUACUCAAAGAUACACAGGCAUCAUGUGAUGCCACAGGAGAAGGUCUGUUCACACUUUCUAAAGAGCGGUUUCAAACAGGCGAGAUCUUAUUCCAGCCACGAAUGGCAGGAGUGCGAGCGAUGGGUUUGCACCAGGCUAUAGCACUCUGUAUGGACCAUUGUGAUGCUGCAGAACUAACAAGUGACAAUGCUUGGUUCAAGACUAUCAUACUAUCAGGAGGCACGGCGUGUUUACCCGGAUUGGCAGAUCGGCUAGAAAAGGAACUGCAUGAAAUACUCUCUCCAUCUAUGUCGAGCGGAGUUAAGGUCAUUCCUCCUCCCUACGGCCAAGACACAGCGUGGUUCGGGGCUAAGCUAAUCGGCAAUUUGAGCACAUUCCCCGGUCCUUGGUGCGUGACAAAGAAGCAGUUUCGACAGAAACCUAGGAUCAACCGCCUAUGGUGAAUCCUUCCUUAUCGAAAUCAGUUGUAUACUUGUAGAAAAACUCAAGAUCAGAUCUGUUUAACUUAUAAAAUUUAUACAAAAUGAAAAAGGAUAUGACAGUCAAGACUAUAGCUUGUUUUUGAUAUAGUCUUUUGACUUGUAUAUUGUUGUAAACAUUAUGAAAAUAAUGAUGUAAUGCUAUGACAUUUGUGUUUACUACAUUAAUAAUAAUCACACACACAAAGAAAGGUUUUGUUUGUCAGUUUCAGAUUUUGCUGUCUUAAGUAAUCUGUUUACUCUUUCCCACAUUGUAUAGAGUUCUUCAUUCCUGUCAUGAUUAACUAUGCCUGAUACAAACUCAUUCACCACACCAUCGAUUUCAAUGAAGCUCACUCCGCGAGUUGUCUCCAAAUCAUUUUCGUCGAUGAACUUUCUAAUCGCGUUGGCAAUUUCCUUUUCGCCAGUGUUGUGAAACAUAAGCCUUGCAAGCUUGUACCGAUCACCAGACAUUGGCUCUAACUCGGUCAAGUGCUUGAAUGCUACAUUCCCUCUUUUUGUGUCCUUGUAUGUUCUACAAGCGCUGAGAAACGCACCCCAAAUGAUCGAGUUAGGCUCUUUUGGCAUUCUCGAAAUGAAAUCUUCUGCUUCUGCUAACCUCCCUGCACGGCCAAGGAGGUCUACCAUGCAUCCAUAGUGUUCAAUUGAAGGUACAAUUCCGAACUCAUUAACCAUUCUAUUGAAAUAACGAUGUCCCAAUUCAACGAAUCCAGCAUGAGAGCAAGCUGUUAAAAUCGCCACAAAAACAACUCCAUUCGGUUGGAAUAAUCCUUGUGAAACCAUCUCAUCAAACAGUUGAAAACACUCUUGGGGCUUCCCAUGUAUUGCAAAACCAGAUAGCAUAGCUCCCCAUGUAACUACAUCUCUAUGAGAUAACUCCUUAAAGACUUGAUAACCACAUUCAAGGCAACCACACUUAACAUACAUAUCUACCAAAGCAGUACCAAGAGUAACACUCACUUCACCACCACAAUUCUUAUCCACAUAGCCAUGAAUCCAUCUUCCUUUGUCUAGCGCUCCCAGAUGAGCGCAGGCAGACAAAGAGCUCACGAGCGUGGAUUCAUUUGGCAAAACCCGAGAAGCCAUCAUCUCUUCAAAGAUGCUCAAGGCUUCAGCAUACAUAGCAUUGUGAUUGUACCCUGAUAUCAUGGCACUCCAAGUAGCAACAUCUUUAGCUUCCAUUUCGUCGAACAUUGUUCUGGCCUUAUCGACAUGACCCUGCUGAGUCUGACUUAGGUACCCGGAUAUCAUAGCAUUCUUGGCAAUAAUAACACUACUAGCAUUGCUUUCAUUUGUAGAGAUUAACUCAGCAAGAACAAGCUCAGCACAAUCCAUACUACCUGCGCUUGCAUACAUUCGUAUGAGCGAGCUGUGAGUGUAACUAUUGACUGAUAUGCCAGCCUUGAUCAUCAUGCAAUGGACUUGCAUACCUUGACAAAGAGCUUUAAGUUGAGAACAAGCUUUGAGGACAAAGGUGUAAGUAUAAUUGUCCGGGAUGAAGCCAUUCAGCAACAGUUUAUUAAGCAUUAAGAGCGAGCUAUAAGAGUCUUUGAUGAGCAUGAAUCCUCUGAUGAUGUUGUUGUAGGCAAACACAUCAGGAGAUUGAAUUGUGUCAAAGACAGACAUGGCAUAGUUCAUGUUUGAGACUCUUACAUAAGACUCGACAAGUCUUCCACCGUUGGGAGGGCGAUUUAGGAGUCCUGAGAUUACCAACUGUGCAUGAACUUGUCUUACCUCAUGAAAGUUGCAGCACAUUUGAAGCAAAGCCACAGUGGGAGGAAUCUUAUGGUUCACAACAAUGGAUGGAGGCCUUGUUGUUAAAGAAGCCAUUAUGUAUGUUUCUGGUUUC